AUGUUGUAUCCGCCGGGUACAAGCGCAAGAAUACCCAUCAUUGCCGUAUCCGGCACCAAUGGCAAGACAACAACCACACGCCUCAUUGCCCAUAUCGUAAAACAGAUGGGACAUAAGGUAGGCUAUACAACAACGGAUGGCGUGUACAUCCAGAACCAGAUGAUGAUGCGUGGCGACUGUACCGGGCCGGUGAGCGCAGAGUUUGUAUUACGUGACCCUACGGUUGAUUAUGCGGUGCUCGAGUGCGCACGCGGCGGACUGCUCCGUGCUGGUCUUGGCUUUCAUAACUGCGACGUGGCCGUAGUGACCAAUGUGGCCGAAGAUCACCUGGGGCUUGGUGGCAUUGAUACCCUGGAAAAACUGGCCAAGGUAAAGGCCAUCGCCGCACAUACCGUAUUGCGCAAGGGAUAUGCAGUGCUGAAUGCGGAUGACGACCUGGUGUAUGAAAUGCAUAAAGACCUGGAUUGCAGGAUCGCCUUUUUCUCGCUGCAUGAAGAUAAUCCAAGGAUCAUUGCACACUGCGCCAAAGGAGGUGUGGCCGCUAUUUAUGAACAUGGCUACUUAACCAUUAAAAAAGGCGCCUGGAAAAUAAGGGUGGAGAAAGUAACUAAUGUGCCGAUCACUUUUUCCGGCAUGGCAGAAUUUAAUGUGGCCAAUGCACUGGCUGCAACGUUAGCUGCGUAUGUACAGGAGUUUAAGAUAGAAGAUAUUCGCCAGGCCUUACAGACCUUUGUACCAGGUGCCGCCCAGACACCGGGCCGUAUGAACCUGUUCCGCUUCAAGAAUUUCUCCGUGAUGCUGGACUAUGCGCAUAAUACUCAUGGACUGCAGGCAUUGGGUAAGAUGAUCCACUCGGUAGACGCACCGUUGAAAGUAGGUGUGAUUGCCGGUGUAGGUGACCGCCGUGACGAAGACCUGGUUGCACUGGGCGAGGAAAGUGCCCGCAUCUUUGAUGAGAUCAUUAUCCGGCAGGACAAAAACCUGAGGGGACGUACCGAACAGGAGAUCAUUGAUCUGAUGACGAAAGGCAUUUAUAAUAUUGCUCCUGAAAUGAAGGUGACCACCUUCCGCCGGGAAACAGAAGCCAUAGAUUAUGCUAUCCAGACUGCUAUCAAAGAUUCCUUUAUCGUGGUGAUCAGCGAUGUGGUACCCGAUGCAUUGGAGCAGGUAAAACAAUACAAAGCCGAAGAAGAUGGCGCCCUGAUCUAA